UGGAUGUAGAAGGAAAGUAGGUCGUGCGUGCAGAAAAUGCCUCUAAGGGACAAGUGUUGUCAGACUGACCACCAUCACCAUGGAUGCUGUGAAGCAGUGCAUAUAUUGGAACCUGGUGAUCCUCCAUUAUUACAGCAGCCACUGCAAACAUCAAAAUCUGGAAUUCAACAAAUCAUUGAGUGUUUUCGAUCAGGAACUAAACAACUUAAACAUAUAUUGUUAAAAGAUGUUGAUACCAUUUUUGAAUGUAAAUUGUGCCGGAGUCUCUUCAGAGGAUUACCAAAUUUAAUUACUCAUAAAAAGUUCUAUUGUCCUCCAAGCCUCCAGAUGGAUGACAUUUAUUUAAAAAUCCCCCCCCAAAAAAAAAAUAAAAACAAAACCAAAGCCACAAAUGAUCUCCUGGAAGCAAUCUAUCCACGAGUAGACAAGCAAGAAUAUGUAAUUAAAUUAGAACCUAUAGAAACUAAUCAAAAUGCGGUAUUUCAAUAUGUAUCAAGGACUGAUAGCCCAGAUGAGAACACAGAAAUUAGUAAUAGCCCUGAUCAAGCUCCAGUACAAGUACAGGAACCCAGCACUGAGCAACCCAAGACUGUUUCAGCUCCAGCCCCAACUCCAGUUGGGGAAACUUUGGAAUUACCUCCUGCUGAUCCUGUUGUAAACAAGGUGAUACCUACUUCUGAAGAACAGCCUCCAGCAGUUCUUCCUGAGUUGGACUCUUCAGAUAAUUCUGAUUUUGGCCACCAGUUGAUUUGUUGCCUUUGUAGGAAGGAAUUUCAUUCCAGACGCAGUGUACGCCGGCACAUUAGAAAAGUACACAAAAAAAAGAUGGAAGAGCUAAAGAAGUACAUAGAAACAAAAAAGAAACCAAAUCAGUGCUCAACUAAAGGAAGAAAUAAAAAUGUUCUUGUAACAUUAGGUAGAAGUUGUCCUGUAUGUUAUAAAUCAUUUGCUACAAAAGCCAAUGUAAGGAGGCAUUUUGAUGAAGUUCAUAGAGGAUUAAGAAGGGAUUCCAUUACUCCUGAUAUAGCUACAAAGCCGGGGCAACCUUUGUUCUUGGAUACAGUUUCAGCUAAAAAAUCUUUUAAGACCCGAAAACAAAAGUCAUCUUCAAAGGCUGAAUACAAUUUAACUGCAUGCAAAUGCCUUCUGUGCAAGAGAAAAUAUAGUUCACAAAUAAUGCUUAAAAGGCACAUGCAAAUUGUUCACAAGAUAACCCUUUCUGGAAAGAACUCUAAAAGAGAGAAAGGACCCAACAAUACUGCCAAUGGCACAGAAAUAAAAGUAAAAGUUGAACCAGCAGACUGUGUAGAACCCUCACCCCCUUCCAUUGGCCUUUCUCCGCAGAAUGAAUUAAAAGGAACAAAUCAUUCAAAUGAGAAAAAGAGCACUCCGUCAGUACAGAAAACUAAAGUUAAACAGGACCCUGAAAACCCUAAAUCAACCUCUAAAUCAACCACUAAAUCAAACUCUAAAUCAACCACUAAAUCAACCUCUAAAUCAACCAAUGCAUCUGCUGCAGGUGGCCAGCAAAAAACCAGGAAGCCAAAACUUUCAGCUGGCUUUGACUUCAAGCAGCUUUACUGUAAACUCUGUAAACGCCAAUUUACUUCUAAACAGAACUUGACAAAACACAUUGAAUUGCACACAGACGGAAAUAACAUUUAUGUUAAAUACUACAGGUGUCCACUCUGCUCUUAUGAAACACGUCGCAAGCGGGAUGUGAUAAGGCAUAUAACUGUAGUUCAUAAAAAGUCACCACGCUACCUUGGGAAAAUAACUGCAAGUUUAGAAAUUAGAGCAAUAAAAAAGCCAAUUGAUCUUGUUCUAAAUAAGGUGACAAAAAGAGGCCCUCAGAGGGAUGAAACAAAACAGAUUGGUUCAAAACAGGAUGUCACUUCUAAUUCUCCCAAUAAAAAGUAUGAAGGAGCUGAUGUUGGCAUUGAAGUAAAAGUAACAAAAAACUUUUCUCUUCACCGAUGCAAUAAAUGUGGGAAAGCAUUUGCCAGAAAGACUUUUCUAGAGCAUCAUAAGAAAACCCACAAGGCAAAUGCAUCUCAUUCUCCUGAAGAGAAUAAAACCAAAGGCAGAAGUACAAGAUCUAAAGCUGUUGUCUGGUGA